AUGACUGAUGAGUACGGUGCUCUGCUCUCGAAUAAUACUUGGGAGCUUGUUGAUCCUCCUCGCAAUGCAAACAUUGUCACCGGCAAGUGGAUCUAUCGUCACAAGCUCAAGUCUGAUGGUUCUUUGGAUCGAUACAAAGCUCGUUGGGUUCUGCGAGGAUUCACCCAACGUGAAGGGAUUGACUUCGAUGAAACCUUCAGCCCGGUUGUGAAACCAGCCACCAUCCGUACAGUGUUGUCUAUUGCCCUGUCUAGCAACUGGCCCAUACAUCAGCUCGAUGUCAAGAAUGCUUUUCUCAAUGGCACUCUAGUGGAAACAGUCUAUGCUCGCCAGCCGUCAGGGUUUGUUGAUCCCAACUUCCCUGACAAAGUGUGUCGUCUCAACAAGUCCUUAUACGGAUUAAAGCAAGCACCUCGGGCAUGGUUUCAGCGGUUUGCCACCUACAUCACAUCUCUUGGGUUCAUUGGCUCCAAGUCCGACAGUAGCCUGUUCAUCUAUCGGCGUGGACCAGACACAGCAUAUCUUUUGCUCUAUGUGGACGACAUAGUAUUGACGGCCUCCUCCUCAGCUCUACUGGCUAGCUUAAUUGCCUCGCUUCAGUCAGAGUUUCGUAUGACAAAUAUGGGAGAUCUUCAUUACUUUCUCGGCGUCUCCGUCAAGCACAGCAAGGAUUGUCUGUUUCUCUCCCAAGAGAAGUAUGUGUUGGAGCUUCUUGAGCGUGCUGGCAUGUUGCAUUGCAAGUCCAUCACCACACCAGUUGAUACCGCCUCCAAGUUAUCAGCCAAAUCAAGUGAACCAGUGGCAGAUCCUACAGAGUAUCGGAGUCUUGCAGGAGGUCUCCAAUACUUGACAUUCACCCGGCCAGACAUCUCCUACGCGGUGCAGCAAAUCUGUUUACACAUGCAUGAUCCUCGAGCAAAUCACCUGCUUCUUGUCAAGCGUGUUCUUCGCUACAUCCGCGGCACCACAGACUAUGGACUGACCUUGUUUCGCCGGAGUUCCAGUAAACUGACGGCCUAUUCAGAUGCUGAUUGGGCAGGAUGUCCUGACACUCGACGAUCUACCUCUGGAUACUGCGUGUUCCUUGGCUCAAAUCUCGUGUCAUGGUCUGCCAAGCGACAACACACAGUGUCUCGUUCUAGUGCUGAGCAGAGACUUGUUGGCUUCGCCAGCUUCUUCAGGAGCUUCAUCGACCAGUCUCGGGUGCAACUAUUGUGUUCUGUGAUAAUGUUAGUUCAGUCUACAUGA